CCCCUUUCUAUUUUGACUUAUAAUUUUUUUUUUUUCAAAAAAAAAAAAAAAAAAAAAAAAAAAAAAAAACAAUUCACUGAGCCUUAUAUGAGUGUGAACGUGGGAUGAUUUCGAAUAGAGACGGAAGUAAUUAACACUCACUACCCACUCAAUAUUUAGGGCCUGAAAGCAGCCAAAACUAGAAUGAUUACCCGUUUUUUUCUCGUUUGCUUGGCUACCACCAAAUAGCUCCUCUUUCCCUUAAACAUAACUAUGACGCUCGUUGGCAGCCCGCGAGGCCUACGUUCUUUCGCUCUUCCAAUUGGGCUGCUCGCCAUUAGCCUUGUGGCUUUGGCAUUAUAUCGUGGCAUUGGGGGCAACGACAGCUUCCUACGAAACCUUUCCAUCGUUAAUAACGGAAAACAAGGCCAGACUAGUGCCCAUGAGAGUUACCAACCGACAAACACCAAGGCGCCGCCUCCAAAGUACAAGCCAACACCUACCUAUGCGGCCCCCUCUGUAACCGAUCCAUUCCCUCUGCUCACCCAGUCGACUGCAACGCCGCCGCCUAUACCGGCAUAUAAUGUUCCCCGUCCCGGCUUACACAGAGAGUAUGGCCUUUCUUAUACUCCACCCCUCUUCAUCGGGUUCACCCGACAAUGGCCUAUGCUUCUGCAAUGCGUGGUUGGCUAUUUAACAGCUGGCUGGCCGCCCGAAUCCAUCUACGUAGUCGAAAACACGGGUGUGCAAGAUUCGAACGCGCAGGGAAAACUUAGUCUGCAGAAUCCCUUUUAUCUCGACCACGCCACGUUACGCAAGCUCGGGGUCAACAUCAUACAGACUCCCGUCCUGUUGACGUUCUCGCAGAUGCAGAACUUCUUUCUGAAUACCGCGCUCUCCCGGUCCUGGCCGUACUAUUUCUAUUCGCACCAGGACGUGUUGGUGUUUUCGUUCGAGGACGGGCCCGAUACGUUGGAGCGCGACGGCGAUAGGGAGUGGUUCUUUUACGACGAGCAGGACGAGGCGGAUAUUAUGCGCCCAGCAGCGGCCGGCCAGGAGGGAUAUAGAACAAUUUACGAAAACUGCCUGCGCGAAUUAAACCAGACUCUGGAGAGGGAAGAGCGUUGGGCUUUCCGUUGGUUCCAGUAUGAUCACCUCACGUUGGUAAACAGAGCAGCGCUGGACGCUGUGGGCGGAUGGGACUCGCUGAUGCCGUAUUACGGCAGCGAUUGCGACAUGAACGCGAGGUUGGAAAUGGAUGGAUGGACUAUGAGGCAUCGCCGGGUGGGGAUAAUUAACGACGUAUCGACCGUAUUGGAGGAUCUGGCCGCAUUAUAUCGCGAUCCAAACGUUAUCCCCAGGUUUAUCGAUCCGAACCCGGCUUUUUCGCCAAAAGCACAAGAAGCCAAAGAGAACCAGAAGGAACAGUCAAAAGAGGGGGAGGAUGGGUCGGAUAAGAAACAAGGGAAGGACGGGAACGAGGCAAACGUUGAUCGGAGGGGGAAUGAGACAAUUGAUGAUACGGAGAGUAUGGGUAUUGCCAGGUCGAUUGAAUAUUUCCGGGAGCUGGUUAACGUUGGUAAUGACAUGGGCGCGUAUAAGUAUCGCGACAAGAAGAACGCGCGGAACUCUUGGCAAAACAGCCAGCACGGCGGGGUCGGCGAGCCCUAUUAUUAUAACGCGGAAGGAUUUGCGGCAUCGUUCUGGAUCUUGGCUGAGGCCGGACGUGAGGUCUUCCGUCAGAAAUGGGGGCACCGCGAAUGCAAUCUGGUCGAGGAAACAGCGCUGAAGCUUGAAGAUCAGUGGCGUGUCGAAAAAGACUGGGAGUAAACCUGGUUCUGCGUAUACAUGUACAUCGAUUGAGCGUUAAUUCUAGAGACGUUUUAGUUCUAGAAGGGAUAUUUGGGUACUAUAAUAGCAAUUAUGUGUAAAUAACAG